AGAUCCUUGGUCACUGUGCACGCUGCCCUGGAGACACGCAAUAGGAGGGGAGCAUAACAGCCAGGACAGGCUCGUCAUGCAGCCGCAUAACGCGGAGCGCAGGAGGGAGGCCUUUCUGGAGCACCUGAAGCAGAAGUACCCCCAUCACGCAUCCACCAUCAUGAGCCUUGCGGACAGGAUCAAAGAACAAAUCAGUGGAAACCCCCAGCACUUUGGGGGGAAGCAGGGUGACCAGCAGUCACUAGCCUCGCUGGAGUCUUUGCAGGCCAUGUCGGAAGAAGUUCCCAGCACCUUUACUCGAGGCAGCCGCACCCGGGCAAGCCUCCCUGUGGUCAAGUCCAGCAACCAGACCAAGGACAGGUCCUUAGGCGUCCUGUACCUGCAGUAUGGAGAAGAGACCAGGCAGGCCCUCAUGCCCAAUGAGGUGACGAGUGCAGACACGGUGAGAGCGCUGUUUGUCAGCGCCUUCCCCCAGCAGCUGACCCUGAAGAUGCUAGAGUCACCAAACGUGGCCAUCUACAUCAAGGACCAUGUACGCAACGUCUACUAUGAGCUCACCGACAUCCGAAACAUCACGGCACACUCCUGUCUGAAGGUCUACCACAAGGACCCCGCCCAGGCCUUCAAUCACAGCCCCCUAAACAGCAACGGAGACGCCAGGCUCUCCCGUUAUAGCGGUAGACAGCAGGCUGGCGGACAGAGUAUGCUCCACACACUGCCUCCACCCCACAGUCCCAUCCACACUGUCCAGGGCUCCAUGUCUCCCCCGAGUGGACGCUCUAUGCCUCCAUCACCCUCUCGGUUCCCAUACGGCAUGGCAAUGCCUGCCAGUGCCACCUUGCCCCGCGACCGCCUGUCUAGUGUGCCCAUCACCCGCUCUGCUCCGCCAUGCUCCAGCGCCAUCCUGGAACGACGUGACGUGAAGCCCGAUGAAGAUGUGAGCGGCAGGGGCGCACCACUGUACGCUGACCCCUACACACUGCCUGAGGCUCGGCUGAGUGUGGCAUCCUCUCAUGGCACCCAAAUCGGCGACAUGCUCGACGGGCAGGUGUUCCUCCAGCGCCGCUCACAGGCCAAGUCCGUUGGUUCGUACGCUGAGGUCGCUGACCCCCAACACUCCCUCUACAGGCAGAGGUCCCGCAAAUACUCCGAGAGCCCGCACAUGCCACUUGGCUCCAAAAGCCCGCCCUCUUCACCUCAGAGGGUUGGCGAGGUCCGAAUGAUUGACAUCCACCCAGGGCAGAAUGCCCACAUGCUACUACAGGGAGCAGAGAGGACAGUGCAUGCACGAAGAUCCUUCCGGAAGGACAGCAAUGGAACCAUGGAGGCAGUGGCGAGGGUGAGGGGGACCGUAGCCUCCCCUGUGUUUGUUGAUCUUCCCCAUGGUCAUGGAGACAGGCCGUUUCAAGGGCCAAUAUCAACAGAAGGUCCUCAGAGUGAGCGUAUGAAGGCUAUGGAGCAGCAGAUAGCUAGUCUGACUGGUCUUCUUCAGCAUGCACUUUUAAAAGGGACAAAUACCAGUGGCAUCAAAGAGAAUGCCAGUGAAAAAUCCUCUGAACCCCUGGCUCAUGGCACAACCAGCGGUGGAGUGUCCCCUAUUGCUGGAUCUAAGAGCCCCGUACUCCAGGCCUUGCCUCCUCAGGCCAGGGGCCUGGCCCUCGGCCCUCUCCUGGACACCUUCCAGAGGAACGUCUCCAGCCUUCGCAUGCACCUGCAUCAACUCAGACAGACACAGGUGCAAAACCAGGAGGUUGUGAGGGUGAUGCUGCAGCAGGCCGAAGAGGAGCUGACGGACAGGGUGUGUGAGCAGCUCCGGCUUCUGGAUGACCCCAUGCAGAAGCAGAGGAAGCAGGUGGAGCAGGAAAGGCACAGAUACGUGUCCAUGGAGGAGAACCUGCUGCUCCAGCUGGGGGAGUUGGAGAAUCAUGUGGAGAGACUGAAGAAGGACUCAGCUCAGCAACCAAUCACCUUGCGGGAUGUGGAGGAGGGGGCAGUCAAUCUGCGGACAGUGGGAGAGUGCCUUGCUGCACUGAAGGGGGAGUUCCCAGCCCUGCAGCUGAAGAUGCGCUCCGUGUUGCGGGUGGAGGUGGAGGCUGUGCGCUUCCUCAAGGAGGAGCCUCACAAGAUGGACAGCAUGCUGAAGAGGGUCAAAGGCCUGACUGAGACCCUGAGUGACCUCCAGAGUUGUGCUACAGAAAGCCAUGCCCUCGUUGACCCGGUUGCCCCCGUGAGCCUUACGACAACCAAGGAGUCGGACUCCCCAGACACCAGCCGGAGUUCACCCGGCCCCCAACCCCUCUCACCCGCCCGCUCCGAGCUCACGCCCUCCUCACCUGUGGUCGUGCAUCAGGCCUGCAGUUCCCCCGUCAACCUGCAGCCUUGCCAACACUCUGUCAGCCUGAGCCACCAGCCGAGCCCCCCACUCACACCCGUGUCGGGCAGGGACUCACCCACCGUGGCCAAGGUGAGCCCCAGGAGCAGGGAGGACAGCACCGCUCUACAAAAGAAAGAGGCCUCUGCAGGCCAGGAGAGGCCAAUGGACUGCAGCUCUGUCACGUCAUGCCCACCACAGCAUGAGGAGACUGGCACAGGCAAAGAUAAAUUGCAGGUGGCAGAGAAGGAGCAGGCAGAGCAGAUGGAGGAGGCUGUAGGGACAGAGAUGGAGAGGAAGCUACGCCAGGCCCAGGACAGUCUGAUGGAGUCCAUACCUAACCUGGAGGUGACCCAGGAGGAGAGCAGUUCUCCAAGCCCAGCCACCUGCCUUCCUGACAAGGCGGACUCCUCUUGUCCUCCGCCUCCACUCCCAGAGGCCGCCACACUAGCAGAACCAGCAGACAAACCAGUCAAGAUUAGUGUAGAGGGAGGACAAAAACCAGCUAUAGAGAAGCCUCUGCGAGUGAAGCCCAGCCCAGAGACAGCCAGCAAGUCCCCGCCUCCACCCCCACCACGCAGGUUCCACCCUCCUGCCACCGGGCUCACAACCGGACGUUCCGGGGAGGUCAUCUACACCACUCACAAGGAAUCUAUCUUCGUUCAGCAGGACGGUGAGGAGGCAACUCCCCAAGCCAAACUGCAACGGGUUCCCCCAGAGGUCAAACCCAAACCCCACAUCUCUACCCCCAUUCACGCUUCUGCUGCUCAUGAUGAGGGGGAAGGUGACAAAGAUAAGAUCGUAGCGGAGCUGCAGGUGUUUGAGAAGUCCCCUGUUAAAAAUGUAGAGCCCAGAUAUGUUGUUGAUCUGACCACCCAUGAGCUCCCGGAUAAAGAUCUGGAGGCAACCUUCUCCCUCUCCUCAUACGACCCAAAGAACAUAGCUCAACACAGCAAUGAUGGACAACAAUCUCCAAAGACUGCAAAGUCUGGCUCUGGGGUGAUAUAUUACAUCACUGGCAAAUCAAGGCCACCCAGUGACAACGCCCCUAGUGGACCCGGAGAGCAAAAUCAAUCCAGUGAAGGAAUCAUUUCUUCCUUGAAGGUGGCAGUUCUGAAUCCUUCUGACCCUUCCCCAUGGCCAAACAUACUAACAUCACAUGACCUAACUUUAGAUUCCUCCAAACAAGAGAAGGAGAACCAGAAAGAGACAUCCGAUACAGAGCAGAUGUCUGCAUGUUUUGUUGAGGCUCUGAAGGACAGCUGCAAAGCUGAGGAUGACACACACGUUUUGGCUCCAAAAGAAGAGCUACCUGAGGCUGUCACAGAUAGGCUAGAGGAGCAAGUGUCAAGCCAUGCUUCUGAACUCCCGAUUACUGUUACUGAGGAACCUGUGAAAACCUGUGUUGUGGGGGAGGAUCAGACCGACUCUCAAGUGCUGCCUGGACCCCCGGCACUGUCAUUGGAGAAUGGGUUGCAGGAGGUGGUGUGGAGCUCAUCCAGGGAGCAGGACAGGCACACAGAGCAGGACAGGCGCACGGAGCAGGACAACUUGAUCCCUGACGUUCCCAGAGAGACAGAUUCGCCAGACAGAUUCGCCUUUGUGAUCACCAAAACAAAAGUGCAGGCUCUGUCCACCGGAGAGUAUCGGCAACUGGUGAGCUCCAAAGGCCAAGACGUGGAGACAGUUCAAGUUGGAGCAGACACAACUGACUCCGCCCCUGAGGACAGUGGGUCCGGCAAGAAACCUGUCAUCAUCGUGUUCGACGAGCCCAUGGACAUCCAGCAGGCCUACAAGCGCCUCUCCACCAUCUUCGAGUGUGAAGAGGAGCUGGACAGGAUGCUAUCAAAAGAGCGCAUUGACGAGGAGGUCGAGGAUGCUGAGGAAGAGGAUGCACGCUCGCAAAUGACUAGGGAGAUUAUGCCUAUUGCUGAGGUGGCAGGUCAACUCAGGCCUGAGAGAAACCCAGAUGCCAAUGGGAAUGUUAAUCAUCUCCCAGUGCCUGGUGAACAGAAUAAGAACACAGAGGACUCUACCCCACAGUUGGAGGAUGGGUCCAAAGUGGAGCCCAAUGACACGAAGCAAGAAGGUAAAAAGAAAUUUAAGUUCCCGUUUCCCAAGAAGCAGCUGGCGGCCAUUGGACAAGCCCUCCGCACCGGGACAAAAGCGGGCAAAAAGACACUGCAGGUGGUUGUUUAUGAGGACGAGGAGGAGGACGAUGGCACACUGAAAAAAGCGAAAGAAGCCAAGAGGUUUGAGAUCACAUCAACGACAGACUCAGCCGGCGCCGCCCCUUCUGCCAACACCGCCCCUGCUGCUGACACUCCUUCUGCUGAUGCUAUGUCACAAAAUCACACCGUCAGCUCACAGUCCCCGACAAGGAGCACUAACGAGAUAUGCAAAAGCACAUACAAAACUCUGGACAGCCUCGAGGAGACCAUUAAACAGCUAGAAACCACCAUCAGUAACAUGGAGCCUGGGCUGUCUCCCGAAACGUCCCGCAAAGAUCCGAAGAGCAAGAGGACGGCAGUGCAAACGGCAGAGGGCAAGGGCAGCCCCUCGAAGAGGCCGGCCCCCCUGGGGCCAAAGCCCCAGAAGCCCCCGCAGAGGAAGAACUCCAAAGCCCUGAGUGUGCCUCACCCCCCUACCCCUAACUCCCCCGGCUCUGCUGACCCUAAACAGAACAUCGCAAGUUCCCCUUCCUCGAGUCGAAUCACCUCGCCCAAAGCUCGCCCCCAAGCCGGGAGCGUGGAAAAAGCUGGAAAACCCCCAAAGCUCCAGGACUCCCAGAGGCAGUAUCGACAGGUAGUUUUACUGUAGGGCCUCUUUUGGGCCUCUUUUUUGAGGGACAUCCCGUCUCAUGGCCCGCAGGUGCACAACUGUCCCAGGGUUUAGGCUGUGAAGUUGGGAGUACUUUGUACUUUGGUGCUUUGGACCUGUGUGGAACUGCUGUGACAGCCUGUCAUCCUCCAUAUCUCUGGCUACAUCUCACCUAAAGCUGGCACCACCCAACUCCUACCCCAUGUACCAUCUAACUGGGACACCAUCAAAAUGAGCACACCCACAUUCACGUUAAAGGGCACUGAUCUUUGUAAACUAGAGGGGGUAGUUGUGGAGGCUUACAGGCCCACACACUAAAAUGUGCUAGUUUGGAGGUAUAAUGCCAACUUUGUACUUCCGUGCUAGGCAAAAGUUUUGUUUUUUUUCCCUUUGCCAUUGUUAAGUGUUGUUUUUAUACAUGUCUAGCCCAAAUAUGCAAUCCUGUUUUAUAUUACAUCUUAAUUUCUCAAGUAUUUCUCUGGGUGUAUUACUAUAUAACUAUUUAUAUAGAUUAUACAUAUUUACAGAUUAAAGUAGUUGUGUUUCCAACCUCAUUCCACAUUGCAUCUUGCCGCGUCUUUGUCUGCAGGCUAACGGGCACGCUAUGGCAGCUCACGGGGUUAGUAAACAUGAUUUCCUUGCUUUACCUGCUUCGAAGAUCUCAACCUUUCAUCCUAGCCCUAGGAAAAGCAGCCCUGUGUUGAACACGUCUAAGCCUGCUAAGCGCCCUUCUUGCUCUGCCCUGUUCCUGAGCUGCAGCCAUGCCUCUUCCUCCUAAAUCCCUGCACGAGUCCCUGGCCCAUCGUGCUGUGUCAAAGGUUGCGGCCCUUCCUUCCAAGCUCACUGCCAUCCCAGCCAGUCCGGUUCUUCCUCCUGCCCCUUAUCUCUGCCUUCAUCUCAUUUGUCUCCUUCCUCAGCGUGUCCCUCGCCGUCCUCCUCUUCCCUGUCCCUGCGUUCAAACCCCCACCCCCCACCCCCCCAGCAGCCUACCCACCGUCCCACCAGCGCGGGCCGGAAGCAACGUGGCAUGAGCCUUCCAUCCCCCUCUCGCUCUCCAUCUCUGAGUACAGUGUGUCGGGGCUGUGGUCUCUCCAUCUGUGUCACAUUUAUGCACACACAAAUACCGCUGCCACGCAGUAGUUUGGAUUGAAUUGCUUAAAGCUUAAUCACAAGGUGUAAUUCUAUACCUUGACUAAGUCUAGUGGUAGAUAUGGUGCUUCUGAAUAGUUUUGAUUUAAGGUGAGUCUAAAUUUAUAGUACUGGAUCUAUAUUUCUUAGUGGUAUGAAAGUUAUAUCAUUUAAAAACAUUGACUGUAUACAUGUGUACAAAAUAUAUAUUUUGACAAUGGAAAAUAUAUGAAUAUAGUAUAUUUUUCAUGUUUUGUUUUCAUUUGCCAAGUAGAUAUCAACCAUAGAAAUUACUUAAAAUACAUGAACUGCUUGUUUAUAAAGAAGUUAACAGCGCUUAAUCUGGUUAGAUUUGUCUGGUUUUUGUACACUGCCAAGUACACAGUACACAGCUUUAACUGACAACGCAUACACACAGGUUGCCCUGAGCAAUGUUUCACUAUAAUACCAAAGUGAUUUUGUUCAUUGAAAACUAUACUUAACAGAAACAAUUCUAUGGAGGGAGUGUGUGAUGUUUGAUCAACAUAAUGAUAAGGUGUCUCCAAUAGCUGUUGUGUUGAAACAUUGUCUGUGAUAGCUUGUCAAAAUCCCUAAAACUGUUUGUGUAAGAAGAGUUACAUGUUUGAAAGAAAACGUGUUUUGAUUCACCUGGCCAAAGUUUACACCUAUGCAUGCCAAUUAGAUGUCUCAUCAUAAAUAGAAAUAUUGUUUGCACAAGUAAAUCAUGUACAUUUGUGUCUGUUUUUGUACAACUGUAUGACAUGUAUAAAAGCUGUGGAGGAAAGCUUAUGGAAGGUGUGUGUGGAAUAAAGGGCUGUCUGCUAAGGACUUUU